UUUUGAAUGAAAAUUUGGAAGAAAAUAAAAAUGAAUUGGAUGAAUACAAGAAUAAAAUGGCAAAAUUGGAAGAGGAACGGGAUUCAGCUGUAAAUGAAUUGUCUGUACUUGAAAGAGAAUUUGAAUCAUUAAGAGAUGGAUAUGAAGAUAUUUUAGAAGAAAAAGCUGGAUUAUUAAUACAAUUGAAAAAGAAUAAACUUGAAAUGGAAGAAGUUGAAGAAGAAAAUAAGAAAUUAAAUAAAAAAUUGAACAAUUCUGAAAAUUUAAUAUUCCAACUUCGACAGGAAAUUGAAGAAAAUAAGGAGAAAUAUGAACAGGAAAUUAAAGUAAAAUUUUCUUAA